CCCCACUAUUGAAUCAGUGAAGAGGGGAACCAUGUCGUCGCAAGAGUACGACGAGACAAAGCUCUCGAUCCCCGUUCCUUCUGCGUCUUCGCCGACUACGCACCUGAGCGGGAUCCUCCACCAAAAGAAGCAGCCGUCGCAACCCACGUCGCAGGCUGGGCCAAGGACACGACCGCUCGUCUUGAUUCUCCACGGCGUGCUGGCCCACAAGGAUCAGACCUACCACCGUCUGCUCGCGAAGCGCCUCGAUGUCGACUCCCUCCGCUUCGACUUCCGCGGAAAUGGAGAGAGCGGUGGCGAGUGGGGCAUGGCCGAUUACGAGAAUGACAUCGAGGACCUCGAUACGGUGUUCCAGUACUUGAAGGAAAAGAUGCCAAUGUACAGGGUCGAACUCGUUGUGGGGCAUAGCAGAGGCGCGCUCGUGGGAUGGCGCUUUUGGGCGGAGAGGGGCACGUCGCAGCAGGUGCCGUAUUGGGUGGCCCUGAGUGGCCGAUGGAGGAUGGACAGGAUCCACGAUCGUGAUCCCGUCUACAAUCCAGCCUUUGAGAAGCAGGGCUUCUACGAAUGGAAGGUGCGCGUCAUGGGCCAGCCAAAGACGGUCCAUGUCCGGCCAUCGGACGUAUCAAAGUUCGAACACUAUCCCAUCGAGUCGUACGUCUCGCGCUUUCCCAGCGAGCAGGAUGUUCUCCUCGUGCAGGGGUCGAGCGACCAGACGGUUCCGACGGCAGAUUGUGGCUACUACAUCAAUACACUCAACGCCAUGAGGAGGAGAAACAAUUCGACAAACCUGAGACUCAUCGACGAGGCUGAUCAUAACUUCAAGGGACACUACGACGAGGUCGUCGACGUUGUCACCGCGUGGUAUACUCGCAGGCGGGAGAUGGCCAAGCAAGGCAACAAGGACGUCUCGCCCAUCGCACUUGCGCAGCAGCAACAACAACAAGGCGGAGGCUUUGGAAAAGGCAGGCUGUAGUAUGAUAGAGGUACUAGACAUUGCAAUGAAGCAUUCAUGAAAACAGAGCAACGCUC